AUCCGCCAUGUCUCUCCUCCGCCGCGUAAUUCAGAAUCCCUCCGUUGCAAAGGCUACGAAGAAGGCGUUCGUUCCUUACCCACUCGGAAGAGAUCCUUCCUCACUCCCCAAGCUUGAUACGGCCAGCUACAUCGAUCGCCGCCCAAUUUCUCUGCGCUACAGAGUCACGGCGAUGAUCGAGAUGUCUGAUCUCGACAAUGCCUCGAAGCUCUCGCGCCUCGCUGUCCUGGAAAAAUUUCGAGUCGACAGAGACACCGUCUUUAUCUGCAAUUCCGUAAUCGGCGCCAUGUGCAGCGCCAAACGGUACGACGAAGCCAUCUCUCUGUUCGAUUACUUUUUCAACGAGUCGCAGACUCUCCCAAACAUGCUCUCCUGCAAUCUCAUCAUCAAAGCACACUGCGACCAAGGUAGCGUCGACCACGCUCUUGAGCUCUACCGCCACAUUUUGCUCGACGGGAGUUUAGCUCCUGGGAUCGAGACGUACAGGAUACUCACGAAAGCGUUGGUCGAUGCUAAAAGAUUCGAUGAAGCUUGUGAUUUAGUGAGAUCCAUGAGCCGCUGUGAUUUCACCGUCUACGGCAUUCUAAUUCGCGGGUUUCUGGAUAUAGGCAAAUUCGUAAGGGCUAGCCAAAUCUUUGAGGAAUUGAAAGGACCGAAUAGUAAACUUCCAUGGCGAGACUAUCACAAGGCGAUUGCAAUCUUCAACGUUUCGUUUAUGGACUACUGGUUCAAGCAAGGCAAAGACGAGGAAGCUAUGGAGAUUUUCGCAACUCUCGAACAUGCUGAAUUGCUCAACACCAUUUCCGGAAACAGAGUUUUGAAAUGUCUUGUGGAGCACGGUAAGAAAACAGAGGCCUGGGAAUUGUUCAUAGAUAUGAUAGAAAUCUGUGAUUCCGAGACGGUUGGCAUAAUCAUGUCCAAGGAGGGUUUUUUCGCUGAAAAGACUAUACCGUUUGAGCGAGUUAGGAGAACGUGUUAUAGAACGAUGAUCGCGAGUCUCUGCCAACAAGGAAACAUGUUGGAGGCAGAGAAACUCUUUGCCGACAUGUUUACCGACGUAUACGGUGAUGACUUGUUGGCAGGACCUGACGUUUCAACAUUCAGAGCAAUGAUCAAUGGUUAUGUUAAGCUAGGGAGAGUCGAUGAUGCUAUCAAGACCUUGAACAAGAUGAAGAUUUCUAAUCUCAGAAAGCUUUCUAUUCAUCACGCCACAUAAAUUUCCUUUUUUUUUUUUUUGGAAUGCCACAUCUCUAAAAGUGGUAGAUUUAAUCAAAUUCCCAUAUGUAAUGGUGCUUUGGAUUUCAUCACUUUCUUAGACGUUAUGUUGACCCAGAGGAAGACUCUAAUCAUAUAUAUAUAAU